UAUCAUAAUUAUUAUACCGACAUGCGCAAUCCAACGCACAGCAACAACAGCAGCGGCAGAAGCAGCGACACCGGCUAAUAUCACAUUUUUUUCCCUCUCCCCGCUCCGCUAUCAGACUAUUUGCGAACUUUUUUUUUUGGUGCGUUGAUUCAUUCGCUCUUCGCUGAUGUAUCUGCUAAACGCAGAGACAUCACGGAGCGCAAAAGCAGAAGCAUCGCCAGCACUGACGCCAGCAGCAUGUCCCGACGCAAGCAAGCCAAGCCGCAACACCUCAAGUCGGACGAGGAUCCCGCACUAGCUGGGGUGGUUUCCGAGCACGCCCGAGGUGAUGUGCUGGAUGACGCCGACAGUGGGAACGAGAGCCGCAGCGGCAGCGAAGAGACGCAUAUAUGUGAGAAGUGUUGCGCUGAAUUCUUCAAGUGGUCCGACUUCUGUGAACAUUUAAAAAACUGCACCAAAAACCCCCUAGUGCUCAUAGUGAAUGACAAUGAGGACACUCCUAACCCCUCACAAGAGUACCCUGCAGAGCUCUCCCCUGUCCCCAGCUGCCCCAGUGAGCAGGCUGACAGCGAGGACCCCAGGGAGGGCGGCCACAGCCCUGCUGGUGAGGGGGAUGACAUCCCAGAGACAGUUACCCUAAAUGGGGUCGAUGUCCUAGAAAAAGAGGACGAGCAGAUGGAGGUAGAGCUUUCUCCUGAAAAAACUAUGGAUCUUGAAGACAGAGAUUUGACAUCCCCAGAGCCAGACAGCUCCCUACCUCAGCUCAACGAUGUCAUCCCCUCUGCUGUUACGAGCUAUGCCAUGCCAAGCACCAACGUCACUUUGGAGACUCUGCAUGGCACCCGAGUUGCAGUCGCCCAGUUUUCACAAAGUGUACGAGCAGCGGUAGGCAGCGGGGUCUCCACCAUGGCAAUUCCCAUGAUCCUGGACCAAUUGAUGGCCCUCCAGCAGCAGCAGAUACACCAGCUGCAGCUGAUAGAACAAAUACGCAGUCAGGUGGCUCUGAUGAACAGACAGUCGGCCUCACAGCCUGCUCUCAGCCAUCAUCACAGCAAUGCAGCUGGAAGCCAGGGGCCUACAUCCUCAUGUGUCCCCCCAGUCGCAAGUCAGCUUCAGCUUCACAACUUCAUCGCUCCCCCAGUCCAUCAGCUGCCCGUAAGGUUGCCGGCCACUCUCAAUGGUCAAGGCCCUUCACCUUUGACCUCUGCAAUAGAAGGGCCCCUCUCUCAAACACAACAAAGCAGCAGUCAGCAGUCGACCUCUUCGAUCCCUAACACAUCCUCAAGUAACUCUGUGUUCCCCCCACCAAGUGGUACUGGACUGUCAUCGCUACUUCCCUCGUGCUCAUCCUCAACGACGAACAACAUUAGCACUAGUAGUAGUGUAACAGGAGGUGGUGGCAUUAAUAGCAGCUCAACUCUUCCCAGGAACUCCACCACCCCUCCUUCACUCAGCCACAGCAGCCUCCUGAGCUCUGCCUCCAGUCUACCGCUGAUACCUCACAGCUCAUCCAGCAGCGUUAUCUUCCCCAACCCGCUGGCCAGUAUAGCAGCCACAGCCAACGCACUCGAUCCCCUCUCUGCCCUGAUGAAGCACCGCAAGGGAAAGCCCCCGAAUGUGUCCGUGUUUGACACAAAGCCCAGCUCUGAGGACCCCUUCUUCAAGCAUAAGUGUCGCUUCUGUGCCAAGGUUUUUGGCAGCGACAGUGCCCUGCAGAUCCACCUACGGUCCCACACUGGAGAGAGGCCCUAUAAAUGUAACAUAUGCGGCAACCGUUUCUCCACAAAGGGAAAUCUAAAAGUACACUUCCAGAGGCACAAAGAGAAGUAUCCACAUAUUCAGAUGAACCCCUACCCUGUGCCAGAGUACCUGGACAAUGUGCCCACAAGCUCAGGCAUACCAUACGGGAUGUCUUUGCCACCAGAAAAACCUGUUACCACAUGGCUUGACAGCAAGCCAGUCCUGCCCACAGUUCCAACCUCUGUUGGGCUCCAGCUGCCGCCAACGCUGCCGAGUAUGAUGGGAGGCUUUGGCGAGUCUCCAGGCCUCACGCCACUCAACAGGUCCCCUCAGAGACCAUCCCCACCAUCAAGCGAGUGUGCAUCCUUGUCACCUAAUAUCAUCACUGACUCUGGCAUGACCACUACUUCCCCUUCCCCAAAACCAAUCCUAGGAGGUGAUGCACCUCCUCUCUUGAAACCCGAGGGUGUUCUCCUGCCUCCAAGCUGUUCAAGUAGGCCAGGAGAGAACACCACCACCACAACUACGGUAACCCAAGUGGUCCUCUCCUCUACUGUCACCUCUACAACAACAUCCAAUGGUGGCCAGAUCGCAGAACCCAACACGAACCCAAAUUCUGCUUCCAACCCCGUCUCCCAUCCAGUCCUUCCCAUGCUCUCAGACCAGUUUAAGGCCAAGUUUCCCUUUGGGGGGCUCUUAGACUCUAUGCAAACCUCAGAGACAUCAAAGUUGCAGCAGCUUGUUGAGAAUAUCGACAAGAAGAUGACUGACCCAAACCAGUGUGUCAUCUGUCAUCGAGUCCUGAGCUGCCAGAGUGCUCUCAAAAUGCAUUACCGUAUUCACACUGGCGAGAGGCCCUUCAAAUGUAAGAUAUGUGGCCGGGCAUUUACAACUAAGGGAAACCUGAAGACACACUUUGGUGUUCACAGAUCCAAACCACCACUUCGGGUUCAGCACUCCUGCCCGAUAUGUCAAAAGAAGUUCACCAAUGCUGUCGUUCUGCAGCAGCACAUCCGAAUGCACAUGGGUGGGCAGAUUCCCAACACUCCUGUUCCUGAGAGCCUGCAGGAGAUGGACACUGACCUCUCGUUUGACGAGAAGAGCUUAGACGCCAUGAGUAAUUAUGAUGAUGAUCUUCUGGAUGAAAUGGAACAAGCUAUGGAAGAUGAAGCUGACAUUAAAGAGGGAGAGUUGGACCCAUCCAAACCAUACUCACCUGGGAGCUCCCCUCCAACUUCCAUCAUGUCCAGCAUUGCAGCAAUGGAGAACCAGAUGAAAAUGAUCGACUCCACCGCCAACAUGAGUCGCUCAUUUGGUCAGAAGCUCACGCAGAAUGGCAGCAAUUUCGGAGGAGAGACUGAUUGCUUUGCCACUGAUUCCCUGUCUGCAGGGGGGGAUGCUGAAGGUCAGAGCUUGGGGAGCCCCGCUUUGUCUGAGUCCUCUGGCUCUAUGCAGCAUUUGUCCCCAGCUCACAGCCAUUCUGAGAGCCAGCGAUCCAAGUCCCCUGCUACACUCAACAAUAAUAACAGCGGUGCCACGAUGGCAGAGGAGGGCCAGGAGAACAAUACAGCCAGCCUGGCAACGGUGAAGUCGGAAAAAUCAGAGACCCCAUCUCCGCUUUCUGCAAGUGAAGGCACCGGGGCCCUUGACCUGACUGCCACUCAACCUGGCAGGCACUUUAUCAAGGAGGAGAGCCACUUCAACAUGCUGUUCCUGAGUAGAGAUCGAGGACUGAGCACUCCUAACUUAGCCAGCACUGCAUCAAACAUGAUCAAAAUGGAAAUGAACGGACAUGGCAAGUCAUUGCCUCUCGACAACUCACACCUGCCAGUGGGCAUCCAGGUUCCUGCUGCAGCACCUCAGACCACUAUGAGCCCCAGCAUCAACCCCAUGUUGGCUCCCCCACCUCCACGACGCACUCCCAAGCAGCACAACUGCCAAUCGUGUGGGAAGAAUUUUUCCUCAGCCAGUGCACUGCAGAUCCAUGAGCGCACGCACACUGGGGAGAAACCGUUUGCCUGCUCCAUUUGUGGAAGGGCUUUCACCACUAAGGGCAAUCUCAAGGUUCACAUGGGAACACACAUGUGGAACAACGCUCCAGCUCGGCGGGGUCGGCGGCUGUCUGUGGAGAAUCCCAUGGCCCUGCUGGGCGGGGAUGCCAUGAAGUUCAGCGAGAUGUUCCAGAAGGACCUGGCGGCUCGCGCCAUGAACGUCGACCCGGGUUUCUGGAACCAGUAUGCAGCAGCCAUCACCAACGGACUGGCGAUGAAGAACAAUGAAAUCUCUGUGAUACAGAACGGUGGCAUCACGCAGCUCCCUGUCAGCCUUGGCGGUGCAGGAAUCACUUCGUUGGGAGCCAUGCCGGGAGGAAUGGACCGCGUUCACACUGGCAGCAGCCCUCCCAUGAUGGGCAUGGAGAAGGCUGGCAUGGAUGUUGGGGCCGGCCGCCCCUUCUCCAGAUUUAUGGAGGAAAACAAAGAGAUUGGGAUCAAUUAAAAGGACUUUUCUAUAUUAUUCCUGAGGUAGGCGUUUGGCAAAGACAGAGUCUGAUAAGAAGGAAAGAAACUGCUGAUACAGUCUGAACUCAUGUAUUAUGUACAGAUUAAAUAUUUUUGUUUGGUUUUGGAGAAAUGGUAUUUAGUAUUGAUUAGAAGUCUUUGCCUUUCACCCACCCCCUCCUCACUUGAUAUUUCGCCUAUACGAAGAAUACUUUGUCUCUUGUUUGAGAAUAUGUCGUCUUGCAAGAUUUGCAUGGUACUUAUUGGUUUUUAUCAGUAUGUUUGACUGCUUCUAUGACUUCUUUUGAAAACCAGGAUCCUGCCUCAUUAAUGAUGGGCAAGCAUCUGAUCUGGACAGGACUGAGACUGAAAAGAUAUUUGUUUAAAGACGGCUUUUGUCUGUUGAGUAUGAACGCUCUUUUCAAAAUAAAGGGGCAUGGAUAGACUGAAGAAAAGACUGAAGAAUAGUGUCUCUGUGCUCGCCUGAUAUUUUGUUUUUUCAUGAACUAGAAAACUUGAAAAAAAUAAUGUUUGAACUAUUUUAAUCUUUACAUUUAGUCUCCCAGCAUUGUCUUAUAAUAUUGUCCUGUGUCUUUAGUAUUUAUGAUAUUGACAAAAAAGCGGGUAUACAAAAAUAUAUUUAAUGGCCCAAGCGUUUUAUUGAUCCAUUUCUUUUCUAAACUGCAGGCUUCACUGAUGAAUAUCUCUUUCACUAAAGACAAUACGUCACUUGAGUUGAUCAACAGAGAAAUCUGUGAGUUUUAUUUGGAUAUCUGUUGAGACUAUGUGUAUCUGGUUACAUGGUAAAGAGGCUAGAGAUAUCCGAAGCUGCUAUGACCACAACCCUGCUUUUAACCUUUGUAAAAAGAAAAAAGAAGUGAUCCUUUUGAAGAAAUAUCUAUGUAUAGAAAUACAGACAAAUCUAAAACAGGUAUGCAUAUUUUGUAUCACAUAAAAAUAGACAUCAUGAGUUGAGAGUAUUUGUCAUGUUUGUGAAUGCACUUUUUAAAAACAAGACGUUUUGUCUGUGAGUUACCGUUAACCUUUUGACUGAGCUAUCUAUCACAUGCUGUUUUCAUUGUUUUCAGCGUACCA